ACGAACCGAUAUGGAAACCGAGUCGAUGGCUCCCAGCAGCAGUGCGGCGGCUGCGGCCACCAAGCUCCUGGUGGAGAUCACCACCGACGGAGUGCCCAAGCUGCACUGCCCGGUGUGCAACAAGGCGCUGGUCUCCCUGGCCGGCUAUGUGAAGCACGUGAAGAAGCACCAGCCGCCGGGCGGCUUCGAGUGCCGCCACUGCGAUGCUCGUUUCUGCCACGAGGAGGAGCUGACCCAGCACGCCAAGGACGAGCACGGAGUCACCGGUGCGGCGGCUGGCCAGGAGCGCAAGCCCUUUGUUUGCGACAAGUGCGGGGCGGAGUACAAGUACCAGGAGGCCUACAGACGCCACUGCAGGACCAAGUGCGGCGAGGAGAAGAUGUCCAAGGAGGAAUUGCGACCCAUGGAGUGCAAGUGCUGCUACACCCGCUUCUCCAGCGCCUCCAAUCUCACCAAGCACCGACGCAGUCGCCCGGACACCUGCGGCCAGCCGGAGUACGAUGAGCCGGGCAAGUCGGAGGUGAAGAAGAAACGAAAGGCCUUCCGCAAGAAGGGCAGGAAGAGGGACUCCGAUGAUGAUGACGAUGAUGAUGAUACCACCUCCGAGGAGUCGGACAGCGACGAUGACAUUCCUCUGGCCAGCCGGCUGAAGACGAAGCUAAAGCAGGAGAGCCAGAACUCGGACUCGGGCGACGAGUGUCCCGACUUUGAGCCGAACAACAGCGAGGACGAUGCCGAUGCCUCAGGAUUCCAGCUGCCGCCGCCGGCCAUGGUCAAGGUGGAGGCCUUUGACGAGGAGGAUUUCGAGUAUCAGGAUGCCAGCAUGUAUGUGAAGACCGAGAGCACGGAUAUCUUUAGCAACGAGAAGGACAAGCUGCUGGAUGUGCUGCUCAACGAGGGCGAUGGCCUGAAGCCCUUUGAGAGUUUGAAAGUGGAGCAGGGCGCUGGUAUCCUAGACGAGAUUGCGGCCGUGCCGCUGGUGGAGGUGGCCGAGGAAGAUGUCCUGGCCCUCAGGGGCCAUAACAAGGAGCAACACACCGGGGAGAAACGCAAACGAGGCAGGCCGCCCAAGGAGAAGAUACCGGUGAUCAAGCGAAAGUAUCGCAAGCGCAAUCAACCCAGAUCGCCCUCGCCUGAAGACUCCUCGGGUACCCCAAAACGCGUAGCUAAGAUCAGCAAAAAGGAGCUUAAGGAGCGCCUCAAGAUGAUCAACAAGAUGGAGAAGUCGUGGAAGUGUCCGCACUGCGUCAAGAUCUACCACAUUCGCAAGCCCUACGAGAAGCAUUUGCGCGAUGAUCACAAGUUGAACGAGGCGGAGAUGAAGGAGAUCUUCAAGGACGUCGAUGUGCAUGCCAAGCUGGACGAGGAGGUCUUCAAGUGCCCCAUUUGCAGCAAGAUCUAUCUGGUGGAGAAGCGCCUGGUCACCCACAUGAAGGUGCACGGCGAGGACGGCAAGCUGACGUUCAAGUGCCCCUGCUACUGCAACCUCUUCUUUGCCACCAAGGAGCAGGCCACCGAGCACGCCCGGGCCCAGCACAAGGAGCUGCUCUACUGCGAGAAGUGCGACAAGUACAUGACCGGCCACGACAGCCUCAAGAACCACGAGCGCAACUUCCACUCGAAGAAGGAGCCGCGCAGCCAGCAGCGCAACCUCAUCUGCGACAAGUGCGGCAAGAAGUUCACCGGGCGCACCUCGCUCUCCGAUCACGUGCGCUCCGACUGCGGCCGCCUGCCGCUCUACGGCUGCAGUGUUUGCGGCAAGCAUUUGUCCACCGCUGGCAUUCUCAAGACGCACAUGCUCCUUCACAAGGCAGACACACCGUACCAGUGCGACAAGUGCGGCAAGACAUUCAAGGUGAAGGCGCAGUACAAGUCGCAUUUGAAGACGCGGCACACGGACUACAAGCCGUACAAGUGCCACCUGUGCCCCAAGGAGUAUCCGUACAGGGAGAGCCUGCUCACCCACAUGACCGUGCACACGGGCAUCAAGCGAUUCCUGUGCAAUAACUGCGGCAAGCGCUUCACUUGCAUCUCCAACUUGCAGGCCCAUCGCAAGGUGCAUGCCGACACCUGUGGCCAGCUGCCCCUGAAUGCCAAGGCCACCCAGUAUAUGGGCGUGCAGCGUGGAAAGCUCCUGAUGGGCGCCAAGCCAGAGGCGGGAAUGGAGUACGAGGAGACCAAGACCUUGAUCGCCCAGGACGUCAUCGAUAGGGACAUGCCGAUGGCCCAGGAGCUGAACUUCCCAUCCGACGGCUCGGCGCCACUGGCCACCGUGCCCCUGAACUACGCCUCCACGCAUUUGGUGCCGCACAUCGUACUACAGACCAUGCAGGCCGAGGCCCGGCGAUUGGAGUAACUUCGGAACACAUUCACUUAGCGAUCCCACUCAAUAAAGAUGCUUUUGUAAACGGAUGCGUAUUCUACUGUACAACAAAUGGGAUGAUAACUACAUAAUAUCUACUUAAUAAUGACUGGAUUAAUUAAAUAACAUUGAACGAUAAAUAAGCUACAUGAAAAUUGAUGUAGGAAAAGGUUUAACGCCAUACGGACCUGUCAACAAAACAUUUAAGAAAAAUAAAUUUUCCUUACAAAAAAAAUAUAA